AUGGGUUCGCUUCCCCGGGCCGGGCGGGCGCUGGAGGCGGAGCGGCCGGGCGGGGGCUGCGCUUGCGGCCGGCGGGGCUCGGGCGCGUGGCGGGCGGUGGCCGGCUUCUUCGCGCUCUCCCUGGCGCUGCACCUCCUGACGCUCGGCUGCUACCUGGAGCUGCGCUCCGAGCUGCGCCGCGAGCGGACGGCGCCCCACGACGGCUGGCAGAGCCCGGCCGGAGCCCCGCCGGAGCCCCCCGCCACCCUCCGGCCCGCCCGGGACCUCGCGCCCGCCGCCGGCCGGCCGCGCCCGCAGCAGCAGCAGCAGCAGCAGCAGCCGCCCCGCGUCCCCGGCCAGCCCGGCAGCGGCAGCCCCCGGCAGAUGGCCUGGCUGAAUAUCUUCUCCCCGGAGAAGAGUCCUCUCUUUAAAGAAGAAAGCCACCAUGUGCGCAGAAACAAAAGAAGCAAGAACAGCGAAGGAUCAGAAAGCACAAGUCCUAAAAAGAAGAAAGGCAAAAAAGCUGGCCCUCCAGGACCUGCUGGGCCCCAAGGCCCACCUGGACCACCUGGACCCCAAGGCCCCCCUGGCAUUCCAGGCAUCCCUGGCAUUCCAGGUACCACCGUGAUGGGACCUCCGGGACCCCCAGGACCUCCAGGCCCCCAGGGACCCCCUGGGUUGCAAGGCCCUACCGGCACAACAGAAAGAGCGGGACCCAGGGAUUCACAGCCAGCAGUGGUUCACCUCCAAGGCCAGGGUUCUGCUAUCCAAGUCAAGAAUGGUGGAGUUCUUAAUGACUGGUCUCGCAUAACAAUGAACCCGAAAGUGUUUAAGCUGCACACCCGGAGUGGCGAGCUGGAGGUACUGGCAGACGGCACGUACUUCGUCUAUAGUCAGGUAGAAGUAUAUUACAUAAACUUCACAGAUUUUGCCAGCUUCGAGGUGGUGGUGGAUGAACAGCCUUUCCUGCAAUGCACUCGGAGUAUUGAGACAGGGAAGACCAACUUCAACACCUGCUACACCGCUGGGGUUUGUCUCCUCAAAGCUCGGCAGAAGAUUGCUGUGAAAAUGGUCCACGCUGACAUCUCCAUCAACAUGAGCAGGCACACCACUUUCUUUGGGGCCAUUCGGCUAGGGGAUGGGCCCUCCUCUUAAGGACCUGAGCAGGGGGCAUGGGAGCAGCUUCCCCAACCCACCUGCCUGUUCAAAAGAUUGGGAAGAGUCAAAGAACUGAUGAGAUAUUUAUUUUUUUAUGUAACUACAGAAAGCAAGCCAGGUUCCCCUUGGUUCCAUUGGAGCAGCGCUUAACAAUGGAGCAGUGCUAGGGACGAGACUUUCCACCUGAGCUGCAUAUAUCACAUCAGAGGCAGGUCACUUCCUUCCCACAACUGGCACUGAUAAGAGUUACUAUGGCAAUAGAUGAUGGAAGGGAUGCAACUGAAUGCUCUCCCGGAAGAUGUAUGUUAACAGGAAACUUCUUCGUCUCCCUCUCCCCCCCCCCUCUAAUUUUUCAUACCAAAAAUACAUAGAAUGUGACCAGGACAUAUCCAAAUUCUGAUAUUAAUAAGUUUUGUUUAGAAGCUGGAACUAUUGAUGAGGGACUAUUUAUAAAGCUGGAAGUCCCCUUUGGCAAAAACACACUGCCCAGUUAAAAUAGUCAAUCUGUUUUCCCAAAGCUAAUGUUUUUGUUGUUACAGGUUUUUAGAACGGUUUCUUUCUGGAUUUGGGUUUCUAGUCUCUGUCUCUACCCUGAUAAGUUUGGUAGGUGGCGUUUCCCAAUGCAGUCGUGACGCUUUUCUUGAAGACCAAGAUUAGCAAGUGUGUGUGUGCAGGUCUCUCUUCAAACUUCCCUAUGGGCAUUUUCUUUUCUUAGGGAGCCGAGUCAGAGCAGUAAAACACAAUCUUGCCUUACACAGUGUGGACAAACAGCCUGUUUCCUAUUAAGAGAAGAGAAGCUCAGGGAAGACAAUUAGGCAUUUCUAGGAUUGAGUUCAGACUUGGGUGGAAUCUGGGAAGCAACUUUUUCCAUUGUGCACAGAUCAGUAUCAGCCAAGCUUUAAAGCGACUGCUCCCACCGGAUACUUUAACGCUGUGAAUUAUAAUUGCAAAGACAAGACGAUGGAGCAAUUCUGGCAAACUAUUAAGUCAGCUGGCAAGGGGGAUCAUUUAGGACUUAGAAAGGUGACGGGAGAAAGUUAAAAGGCAAGCAUUGUGAUGAUAUCAUCUGGUUCUUCCCAGCUCUCUGCCAGGGAGACAGGAGGAAAAAAAAAAAGUUACCAGUUUGUUUCGGCCAAACCUGUUCUCACUAAUGGCUAUCCCGAUGGAGUCGUUGGAGAAGCACAAAAGUGCCAGUAUGGUGCUUGGUUUUCACUGGCAACUGUAAAGUUGAAAUUCUCCUCUUGUGCUGUGCACAGAUGUCUUGAUCCUCCUGCUCUCGUUUAUUUGCAGCGGUGAAGCAAUGCUUCUGAAAAAGAUUUGUGUGUUAUCUGCAGGGUCCAGUUUAGCAAUGGUUUUUAAAGGAAGACUGCAGCAAUGCCAAUCCCAUCACUUCUGGGGAUGCAAGCUUGUUUUACUUGGGAAAUAGGGGCCCAAGACUGGAAGCCCCGAGAAAUGAUUAAGACGCCUCUGUUUCUGCCCUUCAGCCAGCAGCAUCAGGGUCAAGCCUCCAGGCCAGAGGUUCUGCUUGUCCAAUGGGACACUUACAGGUAGUCCCCGACCUACGACAAUGGAGCCCAAAAUUUGUGUUGAUCAGUGAAACAUUUGUGAAGUGAGUUUGGCCCCA